AUGGGUCUCGGAGGAGGGGCGAACAUGCGCCUCUGUCGGCGUUCAGAAAUAGCCCCGAAGACCGACCAUGCCGUCAUCUCGCCAUUUCGCAUAUUUAGCAGAUUUCCUUUUUCGAAUGAUUUGGUUCCUGGAGUUUAGCCUUUAAAAGUUUACUAUCUCAGAAUAGGGGUGCAAGGAACAUCAAUCAUGGCGACAUUACGGGUUUCAGCAUUGUCUCUAUCACGGAGGUCGCUCUCCGUCUGUCGGCCCGGGCUGCAAUUCGGAGUUCGCUGCACAGCAGGCUUGCGACCUUCAUUCCAGCCCGGCACCAUUGCCUGUGCAAAGCCAUACUCAACCGUCCCAAGUGUGCGACAGCGACUGGCUCCAACAAUUGAGCGCGGCGCUUCGAAACUGUUCAAGGAUGCGGAUGAGGCAGUCGCUGACCUGGAGAGCGGGUCUGUUAUUCUGAGCUCAGGGUUUGGGCUUUGCGGUGUUGCUGAAACCCUCAUCUCCGCUAUAUAUCGUCGAGGACCAGAGAACUUGCACUCUUUAACCGCGAUUUCGAACAACGCUGGCGCUCCCGGCAAAGGUGGACUUGCGACGCUCACGCAAACGGGCCAGGUUAACAAACUCAUCCUCUCAUACCUUGGCAACAACAAGCCUCUUGAGCAGAAGUAUUUGACAGGGGAGAUUUCCAUUGAGCUGUGUCCGCAAGGCACGUUGGCGGAGCGGAUGCGUGCAGGAGGUGCUGGAAUUCCGGCGUUCUUCACUCCUACAGGAGCUCACACUUUCCUCCAGGAUGGACGGAUUCCUGUUCGAAUGGACGCUUCUGGAAAGGUGGUGGAGCACGGCAAGCCGCGCGAAACUAGAGAGUUCAAUAACAAAACGUACUUGAUGGAAACUGCAAUCACGGGUGAUGUUGCAAUUCUCCGUGCAUGGAAAGCAGAUGAAGCUGGCAAUUGUGUUUUCCGUUAUACUACUAAGGCAUUUGGUCCGAUUAUGGCCAAAGCAGCGGAUAUUACCAUUGUGGAAGCGGAGAACAUUGUCCCCGUCGGCUCGAUCAACCCCAACAACGUUGACUUGCCAGGAAUUUUCGUGAACAGGAUUGUUCCUGCUACCGACCAAAAGAGUAUUGAGAUCAAGAAACUGCGCUCAGCUGAGAAUGGGAGCGCGGUGAAAUUAGAAAAGAAUGUUGCUCUAACUCAGAGAAACCGGAUUGCCAAGAGGGCCGCGAAGGAGCUCAAGCAGGGUUACUAUGUUAACCUUGGUGUUGGUAUCCCCACACUAGCUCCAUCAUUUUUACCGGAGAAUGUCAAGGUUUGGGUUCAGUCCGAGAAUGGUCUUCUGGGAAUGGGACCGUACCCUAUGGAGGAUGAAGUGGAUGCCGAUAUUAUCAACGCUGGAAAAGAAACCGUCACCCUCGUUGAUGGAGCCUCUACAUUUGACAGCUCCGAGUCAUUCGGUAUGAUUCGGGGUGGACACGUCGAUGUGUCCAUUCUUGGGGCUCUGCAAGUUAGCGCAAAGGGUGACCUUGCCAACUACAUGAUCCCCGGAAAAGUAUUCAAGGGCAUGGGAGGUGCCAUGGACCUGAUAUCGAACCCCGAUCAAACUAAGAUUGUGGUGGCAACCAGCCAUACAGCCAAGGAUGGCUCUCCAAAGGUCGUGGCAGAUUGCACUCUGCCUUUGACCGGUGCGCACUGCGUUAGCACGAUCAUCACGGAUCUGUGCGUCUUACAAGUUGACCGGACUCAAGGGACGCUCUUGCUGACGGAGCUGGCCCCUGGUGUGGAGGUUGAGGAAGUCCGGAGCAAGACAGGUGCCGAGUUUACUGUCGCGGACCAUUUGGAAGUCAUGGAAUAAGCAGUAUAACAUAGCAGUUCAUGUUCAUGGACAUAUAUGAUAGUGUAUAAGACGAUGUACAUAUGGGAUAUCCAUCAGUUUAUUUUGACUACAAAAUACACAAGAUCGCGUAUAUACAAAACAGUGCCUCUUAUUUACAGCUUAAAGGUUCUGCCGGGCGCAAAAUUCGUUUCCCCACCCUGGCUAAUCGACUCGACAAUCCGAUCAACGCUGUUCAAAAUCCAGGUAUUACCCUCAUCACUAGCCAACCACUUAGCCCCCUUC